AUGGCGGCUGCACCCGUCAGACAGCGCUCCGGGCCAGGGGGACCCCGGGCGCAGCUCCCGCUCUGCUACUACGAAGGAUACCUGGAAAAGCGAGGACCGAAAGAAAAGGCAUCCAGACGACUCUGGACCUGUCUGUGCGGGAAUUCUUUGUAUUUCUUCAACAAUCCCAAGGACACACAUUAUGUGGAGAAGCUGGACCUCAGCGGGUUUGUGUCCCUGAAGGACGACUGCAGCCGGGACAGAAACCUGGAGGCAGCCAGACUCAUUCUGCGCAUGAAGGAUGGGGAAACCAAACUGACAGCACCUAACUUAGAAGCAAGGGAGCUGUGGAAAGGUUUCCUCUACUCAGUUAUUGAUCUCAAUGUACCGUCCUGUCUCACGUUGCUGCCGGGCCAGCUGCAGAUGCUGAAAGAGGUGGUGGACAAAGAAAGGUCCAGACGAAGAACUCGUACUCCCACACGUGCUCCUCCUUCGCCACUCUCUGUGCCUUUAGUAGGAGAGAUUCCACCGUGCUUUCGACCAGUGUCCCGAACAGAGGCUGAAGUCCUUCUAGAGAGACACCCAGACUGUGGCAACAUGUUGCUACGUCCAGGCAGAGAUGGAUGCUCACUAGCUGUUACUACUCGACAAGACCUGAAUGGGUCAGUGUUCAGACAUUACCGUGUGACUCAGAGGGACCAAGGCGGUUAUGUCAUCGAUGUAGAAAAUCCUAUUCCCUGUGCUACACUUCAUGAGGUCAUUGAUGCCCUGGUAGAGAAGACAGCAGGAACUCUACAGCCUUUCCUGCUGGAGGAGCCGUAUGAGGAGAAUAUCACAUAUGUUUCUGCCAAUGAUGAAAAUGGGGAGAGGAUCCUCCACACUGCCCCCUUGAGCCCCCUGCCAAAGGCUCCUGCCCUGCCUCCAAAACAAGAUCGUUGGUCCAGUAGUCCCCUAUCCAGGUCCCCCGCCCCAGAUCGCCGCAUCUUAACCUCACCAGUGCCGGCCUCCCCCACCAACCCGAUGAGACGACUCAUCCUCUCCCCUUCGCCUCUUGCACAGACGCUCAAUGAGGAACUCAAAGUGAAGCUGGAGAAGAGGCGAGCCAGUCAGGAGUGACUUAACUUAAUAAGGAACAGCUUUCUGUCACAGCGUGCUCAAUCUUCAGUGCCAAACCCCUUCUCACCGCAGCUAUGUACUCAUCCUGUGCCUUCCAGGUGGAUGACAAGGGACUACGAAUACCGUCACUUUCUCUCAGUGCUUUGUCCACAUGCGUA